UUAGCGCUUUGCACAGCGGCCGCAGUCACCAGCGAAGCUUUUUCGAAGCAAAGACCCUUAAAGUACGUAUACACAUUGCGCAUUCGUAUGGCAUAUCUACAACGCCUCUGUUAGCUGUCCGGUCAAUACCAGUAAUCUUGAAACCAGACGAUGUCGAAGAAGGAAGUCUGCGUAGUGGGCGCCGGGUCGAGCGGACUGACGUGCGCGCGCCAGAUGCUCGACUACGGCUUCGACGUGGUGCUGUACGAGCGGUCCGCAGACAUCGGAGGCCUCUGGGCGUACCACGACGAUGACGUCGAGGGACGGGCGUCCGUUAUGCGCACAACCGUCAUCAACACCAGCAAAGAGAUGAGCGCGUUCAGUGACUAUCCGAUGCCCAAGGACUUCCCCAACUACAUGCACAGCACCAAUAUGCUGGGCUACUUCCGGAGCUACGCCGACCACUUCGGCGUCACCAAGCACGUAAAGACGAGGCACGACGUGGUGCAGGUCACGCCAGCCGCCGACUACGAGAAGACGGGCCGUUGGGACGUGCUCGUCAGGGACCUGGAAGCGAACACCGACCGCACGGAUACGUACGACGCCGUGGCCGUGUGCGUGGGCCACCACGUGUACCCGAACGUGCCGCACUUCAAGGGACAGGAGAAGUUCCGCGGCCGCAUUGUGCAUACGCACAGCCUGAAGAACGCCGACACGUUCCGAGACCGCCGGGUGGCCGUGAUCGGCAUUGGAAACUCAGGGCUUGACGCUGUCGUCGACGCCAGUUACGUUGCCCUCGAGGUAAGCAUGACGUAUAGCAGCUUGAUCGCGACUGCAUCAACCUCUCGCAGCCAUGGCCUAGUUGUAGAGCGCUCGCCACGGCUGCGGGAGAUUGUGGGUUCGCUUCCCACCGCAGCCGGGCACCCACUGGUCCUCAAAUGGGCACACGUGUACCCCCGCCUGGCGUUCGGCAAUCUUCAGCUGAGAAUAUUUGAAAGCCUCGCUUUUAUUUGUUUGCGGCGCGCUACCUCAGUUUGCGCAGCUCUUUCUCCCGCAUUAUCAUCUCACCUUUCUAUGUUUCCACUGACAGCAGGGUUGACUAAUAUUUGUCUCGAUUGCACAUGUGCACAGAGCCGCUGGAUGGCCGAGCUGUUGUGCGAGAAACGCCCGCUCCCCUCGGAGGAGGCCAUGUUAGAGGACAUCCGCAAGAAGCGGGACUCCAUGCGACGGCGCUACGUCGCAUCGCUACGCCACACCAUCCAGGUGGACUGGAUCAACUACAUGGGCGAAGUGGCCAGCCAGAUCGGCGCACGAUCCAACAUCCUGAAGUACUUCUUCACGGACAACGAGCUCUUCCGCGCGCUGCUCGGACCCUGCGUGCCGUACCAGUUCCGGCUCGAAGGCCCGCACCCGUGGUCCGGCGCGCGGCAGGCCAUCCUCGACUCGCGCUACAGGGUGAUGUACCCGCUCAACGAUCGAUGCACCUCCUUCGAGAGACAAUAGAAGGGCCCGUCGGCAUUCGUCUACAUGUUACUUUUCUUCUUCGUGCUGGCCUUUGCGUAAGUACUUUCCAAACUAUGGCAGCAUACCCAGUAACUGCGCCCGUCGUUGUUCAUCACCUCCCGAACAGCAGCGUUUCAGCCCAAUUCAAGCAAACUCAAAUUAUUGCGCCCCUCUCCAAUCUUGCAUUCAAUUAAUUCAAUUCAGGUGUAUCCACCAUGUUGAACAUAUUACAGUCGAGCGCCUCUUCAGCGAACGCCUCUAUACAACCAAAUGACUUGUGUAACAAAGGAUUUCGCAUGUCCCAGCCGAAUUCCUGUCCUUCAUAUGUAUUGUGAACGCCCCUACAGCGAAGAGCACUACAUCGAAUUUGCCUGUACUAUAUAUAGGAAGAAAUAUGUCCUAUUUCUAACCCCUAUCUCCCAGCCCCAGUGUAGGGUAGCAAACCGGAUACCUAUAAUAUCUGGUUAACCUCCCUGCCCCUUUCCUCUUCAUCUCUCUCUCUCUCUAGACUCCCCCCACCGACCUAUUAGUUACAUUACAAAGAACGCACGUAGCAGCCCUACCGAUGCACUCUCGCAGCUAGCCGCCCACGAGUUGUGGUAUUACAUAGAGAGCACUGGCCGACAGCACAAGAAAUACCACGUGGGGGUGUCUGGACAUUGCUGUAUACCCGUGGUAUACCCCGGUUUCGUCGGGAAACAUGCCGUGAACCUCUCCACGCCAUGAGGUCGACUGAAGUCGCACGUUGCGUUCGAAGAAGUGUCGAGAAUGAAAGCUGCGACUUCUUUAAUUGUGUGCUUCCUGAAUUCAUGUUAAAUAAAGGUUAUAUUUUGUUGAA